CUCACCUUGGUCUUAUUUGCUCUAUCAUGUCGUUGAUCCACAGUGCAGAUAUCGCUCAAACUUCAUUCAAAACUAUUCCUAUCAUUGACCUCUCUCAUAUAAUCAGUAACGGGGCCGACAUUUCAGUCCGACGCGCUUUAGCUACGGAGAUUCGAAAUGCUUGCAUCAACGUAGGCUUCUUCUACGUCGCCAACCACGGUGUUCCCCAGACGCUUAUCGAAGACUUUGUAUCACAGUCGAAGGAGUUCUUUGCCCUACCUUUGGAAUCAAAACUGAAGAUUGAAAACAAAACAACACCUAACAUGAUGGGAUAUUCAGCUUUGCUCAGUGGUAACAACGAUCCUAAUGGCGGGGGUGAUUUUCAAGAGGGAUUCGAGUUCACUGGGGAGCCCUUGAAUCUUCUGGAUCAUGAUGUGGUCUCCGAAAAUGGCCAUAGCAUUGGACUCAAUACUUGGCCUCCUGAACUACCCAAAUUUCGAGAGGCCGCACUUCGCUAUUACGAAGCAGUGGCAAAUAUUGGGAAAGUGUUAUUCCCGAUCUUUGCUCUUGCGCUAGAUUUAGAAGAAGAUUUUUUCGAAGAAAAGACGAACAAUGCUGCUGCGCUCAUGCGUACCCUCCGCUAUCCACCGCAAGAAGACGUAACGGACGAUCACAUUAUCGGCAUUGGCGCCCAUAGCGACUGGGAGUGUUUCACAAUCCUCUGGCAGGAACCGGGUAUUCAGGCGUUGCAAGUCCUCAACUCUGAAAAAGAGUGGAUCAAUGCUCCCCCAAUUCCGGGAACUUUUGUUAUCAAUCUAGGUGAUCAAUUUGCUCGAUGGACAAAUGGUAUCUUCAAGUCCACCGUACAUCGUGCUAUCAAUAGAAGCGGUGUAUGCCGAUAUUCCAUACCAUUGUUUGUGGGUGCCAACUGGGAUGCCAAACUGGAACCCAUUCCUGGUUGCGUAUCCCCCGACCGACCUCUUCAAUACGAGAUCAUCACAGCAGGAGAAUAUGUGAAGACCAAGUUAGCAGAGACGUAUAGUCACUGAAGUAGGGUGUUGUAUUUUAAUAUCUACCAGUCUAUGGCUU